AGCAGAAAGCAGAAAGCAGAAGAUCAAUUUGCCCGUAUUUAACGAAAAGCAGAAGCUUUUAUCUUUGUUUUGUUGAUUUAUUUUUUUACAAAUCUUUCUGGUUUAAUUUAAAUCAUGUCUCAAUCAAAGAGUAACAAUCAAGCAGAAGCCAAGAGUGGAGCAUCAAAGAAAUGGACUCUGAAUCCAGAGGCAGCAGAAUUUGUCCCCAGAUUUACUCCAAGUCAACCAACGUUAUCUUCUGGCAUGGGCUCUUACAAACCCUUAGGAUCGGGUGGUUCUGGAACCGGUUCAUCAAUGGCUGGUACUACAGGUCCUCCUUCCAGGGUCUCUAAAGCCUACCAUAAUGGAAAUGAAUGGUCUGAGAAUGAAAAUGAAUUUGUGCGAGAAAGUGACUCGGAAGUUGAAGAUUACGUGGCUCUCAGCGAAUUGAAAGAUUUUAUUGACGCAAUUUCUUCGAACCCAGCGCAGUAUGAUACUGAGCUCAAUUACAUUACUGAGGUCCUAAAUAACUGGAUAACGGAGGAUCCUGAUAUUAUCAUGCAGUGCAUUGUUAACACUAUAGUCGACCAGGGAAUAAUUGAUACUAAUUUUCGUUACAAUGGAGUUCGCCUGUGUGUUCAUCUUAUCGCAAACCUCAGAGCUAUUACCAGUAAAGGUUCAUUCAAAGAUAUACUUUUGCAGAGAUGCCAACGGGAAAUUUCAAGACGCGAUUCAAUGGCCAAGGCAUCUGAUGGUGGACAUUACUUGAGAGGGGUUGCUCUUUUCAUUGCCGAUUUAUCCACUCGAAUUGAUGACUCAGAUCUUGUUGAGGCACUUCCAGAACUUAUCGAAACCUUACUGUCUCAUACAACCACGGACAAUGUUAAAUGCGCAUGUAAUAUCUUAAAGUUAUGUGGCACGCAUCUCGAAGAUUACCUCAAGAAAAACCAGAGUGACCAAAUGGAUAACAUAUUUGACCGUCUAAAAGGAAUCAGUAGUCGUAGUCAAGUCUCUGACUCAUUAAAAAAUGUAAUUAAUAACGUUGUUGAGUUCAGAGCUAACAACUGGAAAACUCCGGCUUCAUCUAGUUCCAUUGUUAACCCAUACGCAUCCGGCGCUAAUAAUCCAUACAAUGACUACAGUUCAUCUAAUAUUAAUCAUCACUACCAGAGCUAUGGGCAGAACGAUCAUCAUCCAAGUUAUGACUUUGGUCCAUGUGGAGACGAAGGGGACCAGGAUGUUUGCGAUGCCUUUGAGGAGUUCUUAAGAGACUCUGGACAACUUAAAUAGAAUCCAUCAAUAACCGAAAAAUUUACAUUUCAGUUUUCAGAAGUUUUUUGAACCAUAAAAUUUUCUUGAAGAUCUGUCCGCUUUUUUUCCUCUGAAUUAUGUGGCUAAAUAAAAGUCUUAAUGCUUU